UUUUGAAAUAACUGAAUUCUCGUUAACGGUAAUUUUGAUUUGUUUAUUUUAAAUAUAUAAAUAUAUAUAUUCCUUAGACGAUAAGAUUACAAUAAUUACAAUUGUAAUACAGAAGAAAACUAUUUUUUACUAUACGGUUGUUUGUAAAGAGAAGGAAUAUGAGCACGAACGAAGACAAUACUCAAGUAGAUGCUGUUACUAAUAACGAAGUACAGUCCGACUUAAAUCCUAACGAAUUGAAUUUAGAAAAAGAAUUAGAAGAAAGUGAAAAAACGAAAAAGGUAGAAAACGAGGAGACGAAACACGAGAUAGGAGCAUCUCCGAAAACCAAGAAAAGAAAGAAAAAGAAUAUCCAUAACGUCGAAACGAGGGACUUUAUAAACAGGAAUUUGGUGUAUAUAUACACUUCUUUCUUCUUUUCGUUUAUUAUACUAUUAAGUAUUCUAUUGGUCUCGGGAGUACUCGAUUUAUUUUAUGAUUCCACUGAAGUAUUUCAAGAUUGCAAACGUUUACCCACCUCAGUUGCUCCCGAAAAUUACGCUUUGGAAAUGAAAGUUGAUCUGGAUGAGACUAUUUUGGGUUUCAGUGGCACAGUCAAUAUCAGUAUCUUGUGCAUAGAAGCGACCGAUGUGGUGGUUCUUAAUUCCAACCGUUUAAAAAUACACGAUAAAAGCAUUUCGUUGAAGGAUAAAGAUUCGAAUACUUUCAUCGAAAUUCGAAGUGUUUACGAAAGAGACCAGUUUCUUAGUCUAGAACUCGGCAAGAAAUUGAAGGUUGGAGGAAAAUAUCAAAUUUAUAUCAAGUACGAAGGCAUGUUAAGUAAAAGAGGACUAGGAUUUUUUGCAGUUCCGUUACAAAGAUCCGAUGGUAAUGUUCAGUUGUAAGUAUUCUACGACUUUUCCAUUUUCUAAAUUAAAACGUAUAGAGUUUAAAUAUAUUUAAACGACGAAAUAAUUAGUUAUCAUUAGACCUAAUUGCAUUAUUACACAGAAGUUAGUUAAUCCCAGAUAAUCCGGAAUUAUCCGAUAAUACUCCGGUAUGAAACUAUUGAAUACUAAUACAGUCGCCCUCUUAUA